AUGGCAAAUAAUACCCGAGUGUUCUUCGAUGUUACGGCCGACGGUACCCCCAUAGGCCGCAUCGUCAUGCAGCUGAGGGAUGAUGUCGUGCCAAAAACAGCAGAGAACUUCAGGGCGCUGUGCACUAUGGAAAAAGGCUUUGGUUAUAAGGGAUCCUGCUUCCACAGGGUCAUUGAUAACUUCAUGUGCCAGGGAGGAGACUUCACAAACCACAAUGGAACUGGUGGCAAAUCAAUCUAUGGGAACAAAUUUGCUGAUGAAAACUUCACACUGAAGCACACUGGCCCAGGAAUCUUGUCCAUGGCAAAUGCUGGUCCCAACACAAAUGGCUCCCAGUUUUUCAUCUGUACUGCAAAGACAGCAUGGCUUGAUGGCAAGCAUGUGGUAUUUGGCAGUGUUGUCGAUGGCAUGGAUGUCGUAAACAAGAUGGAAGCCUGUGGCUCAAGCUCUGGAAAGACCAGCA